AUGCAGGCUGCCGGUGCUGCCGGCGCCUCGACGAUCAAGGCAGGCGCGUCUUCUUCCUCGACCGAAGCCACAACCUCCUCGCUCCUUCUCUCGACGCUCGGUGCAUACUCUGCCCUCACCAAACAACUUUUCUCGUUGAUAGAGAACCCCUCCGCCUCCAAAUCAAGAAUAAUAGCUGACGCAUCAGCAGGCAAAACAUGGACCGCAAACGACAUCACCGGCAUCCUUUCCGCGCUACACGAUGUAGACCAACUCUUGGCUUCGCGCAUCCAGGUUGCCCACCAGCACGCCAUCAACCAGUCCCGGAUCGAGCGGCUACAAGCGCAGGCCAAGCGGAAAGAUCGAGAGACGAGGCGGGCUAUCUUGGAGCUUUCCCAGAUCCAGUCUGAGCUGUCCGAGAUCACGCGGUUGUCCGAGGACGAAGUAGCGUCGAUCGAGAGAGCGGAGAAGCAGCCGAUUGGACAUGCGACGCUACUGGCAUAUGCGCAGAGGCUGGCUCGGUACACCUCGGCGCCGCCUGGAUACAAGUUGCCUCAGCUAGCAUCGGCGACGGCUGCGCAGGACAAGGAUGCUGGAGAAGCCGUGAAAACGGAGCAAGGCGUCGACGGAGCGCCAGCCGAACAGAUCUCGUUGGGACCGGACUACAACCAGUACGCAAAGAGAGCAGCGGCGUACUACGAUCCAGCGAUACCGUCCAUGCCACAGGAGAUGCCGUUCCCGUCCGAUGCGAUGAUGCGACAGGGCAUCCUGAACACCCAAGAGAUGCUCAACGGCGCGCCAAUGGCCGAACAGCCUGCGGACGAGAUGGUGGAGGACCAGGACGAGCUGCUGCCAGCUACAGACUUUGCUGCGUCUUUCUCGAAACUGCGCGAACAGCAGCAGCGACAGCAGGAUGACGAAGAUGCAUUUGAUCUGGAUCUCAAUUGA